AUGGCCGGUGAGCAGAGGUUACGAGUAUUGGGAGAGCACAUGAGCAUCAAGAGAUCAGAUACUACUCAAACAUGCGGGAACUAUUGUGUUUGCCAGCAGUGUCGCGGCUUCAUCGAGUUCCAGCCGGUGGACCACCUUGGCUGUCGCAAGGCCCCAAAGAGGUGCCCCGGGAGAAAGAAGAGGGGGGACACUGUGCGCUAUGUUGAUGCUGAGGAGUGCAGCACAUGCACCCUGGAAGCUAUGACCGCCGACCCUGACUUGUACAUAGAGUAUCCCGAGUUCGAGGAUCCCCCACAUCGGCCCAUGGAACUUGGGCUGUGGAUGCAAGGCAUGGGGGGAAGACCUCGUGCAUCCCGUUGA